GAGAGCAAAGUUGUUUGGCUUGAGACUGAUUUACCAUCUUCGCAACACACUUCCCUUCGUGCGGGACUUCUUCGCUUCUCAUGACUAUUUAUCCAAAUGGAAAGUCUCAAUCGUCUGAAAAAGGCUCUGUCCGCCAUGUGUCGCCCAUCCCAUUUGUUGCCGAUGUGGUUGAGCUUCUACCAGCAGGUGGAAGCGCUUGGGUCAUGUCAGAGUUCAUGUACCAAAUGCGCCCAACCACUCAUUUACCAGACACGGCCUGGCCGCAGACAGCGCGCUCCGAAUCGCUGAUCAGGCUUUCUCAGUGGCAAGUGCUGACAGCCUGUAUCAUCUACGGUUGUUCGGUUGCUUCAUUUCUUCAACGGCGACGCCUUCGGGAUCCUAACAUGUCCCUCAUCUUUGCAGCGUGCGUGUCUUUCGGCAUGCUGGUAGGAAAAUGUACUGGUGCAGGUUUCGACUAUAUCAUGCUGGUUCAUGUAUCUUGGGCGACAUGUUUGGCUAUGGUUGCAAGUGCUCUAUGCCUGCAUAUUCAGUCACGACUGGAUGAAUAAGUUGAGCCUGAAUCUGCGUCUGAGUCUAAGAUUGUGAUGGAUAAGGGUAUGUUAACUGCCCAGAAAGGAGUGGUAAACAUUCGGGUCAAUCCUACAAUACCUUGCUUUUCUUUGCAUUGUGCAACGUUGGUGUAAAGCCCGCUGGCGAUUAUGUUGACCAUACAAAGAUGAGAGCCUGGGACAAUGGUGAACUGGGUAUUUGAUACACCUACGUGUUUCUGAG